GCAUCCCGUCUCGUGUUUGGAGUCUUGGGCCUUGUUCUCCAGUUGUUUCUUUCAGCUUCCCGUCAGCUCGUAUUGUCUCCUCUUUCGUCCCACGUCACUUCCUCUUGGAAUCUGUUUAUAGCUGAAGCUGCGCCUCUCUUCCAAUUCAUCGUUGAAUAUAAUAUUUCUCCCUUCCCAAUAAUUCCCAGCCUACUCAACCAUCUACAAGUUAUAGCACCAGUUCCCCCGAUUCGGUUGCCCCGACUACCACGACUGCCCCUCCAUCGCGACACCGAGACCUUCCGUCCCAUCGAUCGCAUUCCUCGUUUCAUACUAUAUACCCAACCAUACUAAUUCCGCAUAAUCACAAUGGCCGCUGAUCCAGUACCGACCCCGGAGCAGGUCUCCGAGCUCAAGGACAAGUACACCAACGCCGGCCAGGGCCAGGUCUUCACCUUCUACGACUCCCUUUCGAGCGAAGAACAGGCGCAGCUUUACAAGCAGCUUGCCGCCUUCGAUCCCCUCUAUAUCAACAAGAUCGCCGCCAAGGCGCUCACUCCUCAGACCACCGAGAGUGACAAGCCCACCCUCGAGCCAUUGCCCGACUCGGCCAGAGCCAGUAUCCUGGACUCCGACAAGCAGACUCAGGAUGAGUGGUGGAAGCGUGGCCUGCAGCUAAUUGCUGACAAUAAGGUUGCUGUUGUCCUCAUGGCGGGCGGUCAGGGCACCCGUCUUGGCAGUUCCGCCCCCAAGGGCUGCUUCGACAUCGGUCUGCCCUCUCAUAAGUCUCUCUUCCAGAUCCAGGCCGAAAGAAUCGCGAGGCUCCAGGUGCUGGCUUCGGAGCAACGCGAGCAGACCGGCUCCCCGGUGGUGCCAUGGUACGUCAUGACGUCUGGCCCUACUCGCAAGGCCACCGAGGACUUCUUCAAGACCAACAACUACUUCGGCCUCAGCCCUGAACAGGUCAUCAUCUUCGAGCAGGGUGUGCUUCCUUGCAUCUCCAACGACGGCAAGAUCCUCCUUGAGAGCAAGUCCAGGGUUGCCGUCGCUCCUGAUGGCAACGGCGGCAUCUACAACGCUUUGGUUGACGCCAAGGUGCUCGACGACAUGGCCCGCCGCGGAAUCGAGCACGUCCACGCCUACUGCGUAGACAACUGUCUCGUCAAGGUCGCGGAUCCCGUCUUCAUCGGCUACUGCGCUUCCCAGGACGUCGAUAUCGGUACCAAGGUGGUGCGCAAGCGCAACGCGACUGAACCCGUGGGACUUAUUCUCACCAAGAACGGCAAGCCCGACGUCGUCGAGUACAGCGAGAUCGACCCAGACGUUGCUGCCGAGGAGGACCCCGCACAACCUGGAGUUCUCAAGUUCCGUGCCGCCAACAUUGUCAACCACUACUACUCGUUCCGCUUCCUUGAGUCGAUCCCCGAGUGGGCGGGCAACCUGCCGCACCACAUUGCCCGGAAGAAGAUUCCUUAUGCGGACCUGGAGUCCGGAAACACUGUGAAGCCUGAGAAGCCCAAUGGCAUCAAGUUGGAGCAGUUUGUUUUCGACGUCUUCCCCUUGAUCGAGCUUUCCAAGUUCUCUUGCAUGGAGGUUAAGCGCGAGGAUGAGUUCAGCCCGCUGAAGAACGCCAGGGGAACGGGCGAGGAUGAUCCGGAUACCAGCAGGCACGAUAUCAUGGCUCAGGGACGGAGGUGGUUGGAGGCGGCUGGUGCCAAGUUCGCGGAAGGCGUGGAGGACGGCGUGGAGGUCAGCCCUCUAGUCAGCUACGUAAGUCUUGCCUCUGCUGUCUCGUCUUUUUUUCUCUCUUACCCCUUUCCAACACAUCUUUGGAUUACUUUAUACUAACCUCUGUUCUCUUCAACUUAGUGCGGCGAAGGCCUCCAGAGCUA